AUGGAUACCGGUAGAGCAACCUUCAGGUUUCGCGUGCCGGCUAACGUCACACACUGCUCUUCCCUUGCCCCCUUCUCCCCACAAUCAGACAAACACUUGAACUCUGGCCGCAUACAAGUUUGUCCACCCACCCUUGCACAAAUCAGCACCCGGGAAAGAACCAAGGCGAGCGAGAAGACUUCUUUCGAUCCUCACGAGCCUCCCCACCCGCCUGCCCGUACCACCACGAAAGCACUAGCUACUGUAUGUACAGUGUUGAUCAUGAUCAACGCCCCACACGGUGCAACUUUGCCCGGGCAGAAGCAUGGCGUGGCGUGUCGCGUCCGACUUGCUCGGUGGUUUACUGGCUUUCGUGGACAUGGUGCCAUGCCGUUGUUGCCGGUGACGGAGCAGGCUUACUGUGUACCUACUGCACUGUCGAGCGGGCGCGGGAGAGACAUUGGGCGGCGGGAUAAAGCAGGCGACACAUGA